AUGGCCGCGCCUCCCGAAGUAACGACCAAGAAUCUCACUGGGAAAUAUGUUAUGAACAAGACAUUGAGCGAUGACAGCGACGAUAUCCUCAAGCUCCAGGGCAUAUCUUGGUUCAAGCGGCGUGCCAUCUCGAUGUUUACCUUGACGCUUGUGGUAAAGCACUAUGCUGACGAGGGCGGCCUUGAGCACAUAGAUAUCGAACAGACUCUAUCUGGUGGUAUCUCAGGCACGACUGAGUAUCGCACUCUCGAUUGGGAGGAACGUGGCAUAAACGACGAUGUUUUUGGUGCUUUGAUAGCACAAUCAAAGAGAAUCAAGGCUGAGGAAGUGGAUGAUGAAUUCUUGAGGUCUGGCUGGACGGAAGAUGCAGUUGAAGACGGGUUGAUUCUCGCUGUAGCCCGGAGUGAUACUUCCAAAAGUGGCAUGGAGUGGAAGGCAGAACUGACAUGGGGGUUUGAAGUAUUAGACGGCGAGAGGAGAUACGCUAGACAUGUGAAGUUCACAUCAUCGGAUAAGAAGGAUGGUCCCAUCUUCAAACAUCUCUAUUACGAUUACGGUGAAUUACCUCUCUCAGUGAUCUAUAUAUCGUAUGCUCAUGAUUCAUCUUUCUCCUAG